AUGGCUCCGUCAUCGUCACUUGUGUCUAAGAUCAAGGUGCAACUGAAGCUUGCCAUCAGUCGUCUGCGGAUGACACAGCAAAAAGAUGCUGCCAUAGCGAAACAGCAACGUCGAGCAAUGGGUCAAUUACUCGAGCUCGGAAAAGAAGAAUCCGCCCGCAUUCGAGUGGAAAAUAUAAUCCGAUCUGACAUUCAGACGGAGCUUCAUGAGAUCCUUGAGCUCUACUGUGAGCUCCUCCUUGCGCGCACAGGCUUGAUGGAGGCAAAAGAGUGUGAUCCUGGGCUAGAAGAAGCCGCAAAGUCAAUCAUAUAUGCAGCACCCCGUACAGAGAUCAAAGAGCUUCAUCAAGCACGAGCCUUGCUAGUGGAGAAGUACGGGAAAGAUUUCGGGCUGGAAGCCGCAAAUAAUACAGUUGGAAAAGUUGCCGAGAGAGUUGUACGAAAGCUGAGGGUGGAACCGCCUAAGCAAGAGCUUGUGACCCUGUAUUUGAAGGAAAUCGCAAGAGCGUACGGUAUUGACUGGCCAAAGGGAGACAACAAGCCUGACGUAGACAUGGACGACGACGAUGAGCCUUCAGGCGGUGAAGCUGUAAAGAAUCUUGAAGACCCACUUACUACAGAAGAACUCAGCAAAGCUACACCUCCACGCGACAUUGGUCCGAAGUCGCCUGUCAGCGUCGCCCCUCCCAAGCAUACCACUGACAACCCAAGUCCAUCGGUCAAGCUACCUCAGCCGCCAGACCUUAAACCAGGCGCGAAAAUGACUGGUAUGAAACAACGAGCAUCUGGCACUGAAGCGAAGAGCAGUACCAAUGGAGAUUCAGAAGGUCAGAAAGAUGUUGUGGGAGGGAGAAUACCGGACGUAGACGAAUUAGCAAAGCGAUUCGCUGCGCUUAAGAAAUGA